AUGGCCACCAAGAUCACUCUUCUCUUCAUCGCCACCCUCGUCGCCGCAGUAGUCGCCCAGGACCCGACCUCCUACAUCACCGCCUACCCCGCCCGUUCCGUUGUAGGAUGCGGAGGCUCGCCGUUCAACCUGACCAUGCAGGCGUGGCAGGUCGAGCCCUGCACCUACGUCAUCAAGUACUCCAUCUACGGCCGCCCGGGGAUCUCCGACUUUGGCUUCAGGGGCAACACCUGUACGACGGACGGCCCCUACGGGGGCUGGACCGCCGACGGCUCGAUGGUCAAGAUCGACGAAACCAAGGGCUGCGAUCAGCGGGCCACCUUCUACGUCAAGGCCAACCUCACCACCCUCAUCACUACCGGCGGCGACCCGCUGCUGGACGUGCGAGAAGGCGCCCUACGGCUUCGGCCCUGCCAAGUCGUGCCCGUCGCCCUCGAGAUCGCCCUCGCAUUCGCCUUGCCGCCCGGCCAAGCCCUCCAGCUCUCCGUCGCACUCGCCGUGCCGCCCGGCCAAGCCCUCCAGCUCUCCGUCUCAUUCGCCGUGCCGCCCGACCAAGCCCUCCAGCUCUCCGUCGCACUCGCCCUCUCCGUCGCACUCGCCGUGCCGCCCGGCCAAGCCCUCCAGCUCUCCGUCGCACUCGCCGUGCCGCUCGGCUACGCCCUCCGUCUCCGCCGCUCCCUCCCGCUCGGCCACGCCGUCCAUCUCCGUGUCGCGCACGCCCAGCGCCUCGCCCAGCGCUUCAUCCGCCGCGUCGCCCUCCAGUUCGCCACGCCCUCCAUCUCCGCCUCGCCCUCGUCCGCCGUGUCGCCCUCCAUCUCCGUGUCGCGCACUCCGUCGCCCACCGUCUCGGCCACGCCCUCCACCUCGACCACUCCCACUGCCACGCAGUCGCCGACCUCGUCGCCCUCCAUCUCCGUGUCGCCGUCCAGCUCGGUCACGCCGUCCAUCUCCGUGUCGCGCACGCCGACGCCCACCGUCUCGCCGUCGCCCUCCACCUCGGCCACGCCCACCGCCUCGCCCUCGCCCACCGCCUCGCCCUCGGCCGUACCCCCGUCGCCCUCCGGCUCGCCGAUCCUGUCCCGGAGGGCCAAUUAG